CCAGAGUUUAUAUGUUAGGUAGUGUUUUCUCAGGGAGUUCGGCGGUACAUUCAGUAUGAAUCAUAUGCUCUUAAAUCUUCAAAGUCAAAGGACAGGUGUGUCUGGUGUGACAACAUCCGCGCCUGCAAAACAAAAAGUCAGAAAUAUUACACACACAAAGAAAUGACUGUAUCCAUAAUGAAAGGAUUACAGAAAGUCCAGGUACGGUAGGACGCUCGAAACCAAAACGUAAUCCUAAAUCAUAGGCAGGGAAACAGGCAAUGAGUGAAGAGCAAACCAGGGCAAGCGGAAUCCAAGUCACAAUCCAAGAGCAGGAUCAAGAAGGUUAAGUAAGGGAUCACAGCACGCCUCUUCAGACCUGCCUGGGCCAUGGUGGUCCCACCGUCGAAGGCCGGUCUCUGGCACAUUUUCUGCCGUGGUGUCUAUAGCUGUGACUGGAGCAGAGGGAAAACCAAGCAGCACAAACGCAGCAAACAUGCAUGGCUCUGCAUUUUCACGCUGGUGUCUGCACUCACUCUGGGCUGGCUGUACAUCUGCAUGAUGGCAUACAAUGAUCGCGAUGAUGUCAACUGGAAGGCCUUCAUUUGCCUGAAGAAAUGGUUGAACUGGUUCAUGAUUGUGGUGGUCUUCUCUUCACUGUUGGCAGUGUACUGCUGCCUCCUGCUGCUGUUUUCGCUGUUCCUUGUGGCCAUGAGGGAGCCCUUAAACCACCUUCACGUUAUUCAUAAGGUACUGCUGGUUUUCUCGGUGUUAAUCAUCACUGCUGGGCUUUUGGGUAUCACCUUUAGGUGGCCAGAGGAGUGGAAGACUGUGUCCCUGUCUCUGCAGGCCACGGGUCCCUUUCUCCAGCUUGGCGGCGUAUUGGCCCUCACCCUGCUGAGUGGAUUCGUUUUCCGCAGCUACCACAAAACCCAGAGCAAAGCUUCCAAGGUCGUCAUCAUGGGCACGUUCACGCUGCUGACGGCUGCAGUCUUCCUCUCCCCACUUUCGAUUGAGUCUCCAUGCCUCUGUGAACGUGUCCCCGGUAAACCAAAGCUCAUUGGCCACAGAGGGGCACCGAUGCUCGCCCCGGAGAACACAAUGAUGUCAUUCAAGAAGAGUGCAAAGUAUGGGGUGUUCGCCUUCGAGACCGAUGUUAUGAUCAGCAAGGACGGAGUUCCCUUCCUUAUGCAUGAUGACAAAAGCCUCCGUAGAACGACUGACGUCCAGGAGCAGAUCCCUGAUCAGGCUGAUAACAAGAGCAGCAGCUUCACCUGGUCACAGUUAGAGGGACUGAACGCGGGAAACUGGUUCCUGAAGAAUGAUCCAUUCCACACGGUUUCAUCGCUCUCAGAGACAGAGAAGGCGGACGCAAAGAAUCAAUCCAUUCCACGCCUCUCUGAACUGCUGGCGCUGGCUAAACAGGAAAAUAUCUCUAUAAUCUUCGACUUGAAGGAGGACACAAAUAGCAGCAGUGACACAGACUAUGUGAUUGACACAAUCUUGAAGUCCGGCAUCCCUCCUGAGCUGGUGCUGUGGCUGCCCCCCCUCCACAGGAAGAACGUGAUGACAAAAGCCCCAAGGUUCAGACACAUCUAUGACAACGAGACGGAAAUGUAUCUCCAGAAAGGAAACCAGCUUAACUACAGAUAUAAUGAGAUGACCACCCAGAAGAUCAGAGAACUGCAGCAGAAUGUGUCUGUGAACCUGUGGACGGUGAACGAGCCCUGGCUGUUCUCCCUGAUGUGGUGUGCUGGGGCCCACUCUGUCACCACCAACGCCUGCCACCUUCUGCAAAGCAUGAAGGAGCCCGUCUGGUACUUGGCACCCUCCACCUAUAAAGCCAUAUGGAUAUGUGCAGAUGUGGCGUCACUGCUGGCGAUGGCGGUGGUCUUCUUCCUGCAGAGAAGAUGGAGGAGUAAGAGGAGAUAUGACAGUCCGAGCCCUCCACUCAUCCUCCAGCCUGAAGAUGACGGCUCGCCGACGUUCCCCUAAACCCACUGUCUUCAGAUGACUGACGGAAGACAUGACAAACUAUUUCUCCUACAGAACCGUAUCAUCUGUAUUACAGGAGACAACAGAAUUUUCAAGAACGCAUUUUAGCAUGUUAAUGCAGGAAAUACAGAUGAAAUAUGCAGGAAAUUUUGAGAGAGCUGGUGUGUAUUUUUUCAUUUCACUUUUUUAUUUUUUUACUAGUUUUGUUUUCCCCCCCCAUGUCACUCUUCAUUUCUGAAUCUGUGAUGUAUGACACUGUGACGCGAGUAGAGUAAUAAAUCCAAGGGUCAUUUUAUUUUUUAAAAAUAAAACUUUUAUACUGUCUAAACACAAACUAUUAAAUGUAGGCGUACUCACUGGGUUUAUAGCACGUGCUAGAAUGGAUGUUUGUGUGGUGUUAUUGUAGAGCAAAGGUAAUGGACAGUCUGCUUGGAGCGAUUUUGAAUUUAGAUAAAAUGUGUCAUUGGUCUAAGUAAGUCUACAGAAGGUGACAUUCCUUAUCCGUCAUUAUUCACUGGUGAGAAUAUGCCCACGAUCCCUGGGUCUCCUCCUCAUGCCCCAUGCAGUUAUUGGGGGUUCAGUGUUAAGCAUUACAGUGUCUAUGGGAUAAUAAAGCAGAAUAUGACACUUUACAAAAUCAGUAUGUAUCACGAUGUUGCCAGUUUGAUGUAGACACAGAGACUAAGAAAUAAAUAUUUCUGUGGAUGACGGUUGAAUAAA